ACCGUCUUCAGUUCGCUGCGGUGCGGUGAUGUCUGAGGACACGGUGAGGCAGACGCGCAGUCAGAAGCGUGCUCUAGAGCGGGACUCUCAGGCCGCAGACGGUAAGCGGCUGAAGCUGGAUGGCGUCGAGCGUUCCCGAUCAGAGACAGCUGUGGCGGUCCAGGACUCCAGCAUCCUGAAGGCCACCAUCAAAGUAGAGCUGCAGACGGGAAACGAGCCCAUGGACACGAGCAACACUGCGAUGAAGAGAGAGGCGAGCUCUCCGUCGCCUGAGGAUGUGAUCGUUCUGUCCGACGAGGAGCCCAGUCCGCCGGUGAACGGAGGAAAUCACGUCAAAGAGCUGGACACGGAUCUGCUGAUGAGGAGCUCUCCAAAGGAGCGCGAGCGCGUCAUCAAGCAGCUGAAGGAGGAGCUGCGUUUAGAGGAGGCCAAACUCAUCCUGCUCAAGAAACUCAGACAGAGUCACAUACACAAAGACAAAGGCGCACAGAAGCCGGCGGCUCCUGUGUCCAGCGCUCCUCCUCCUCUAGUGAAGGGAUCUGCUGCUGGGAAAACAGCACAACCUGUGAUCUCCGCUCGGGCUUCUGGGACGGUGAUUCCUCCUCCGCUGGUGCGCGGCGCUCAGCUGUCCAAACACGGCUUGGCCGGAGCUCAGAUCAUCCUGCCGCCGCUGGUCCGAGGAGCUCAGUCGAUCUCGGUGUCGCCGCAGCAGAUCUCCGUCCUGAGACAGCAGCAGAACUCCUCAGGGCCUCCUCCGCUGCUCCUCGCUCCCAGAGCCACGCUGAGCAGCGUCUCGGGACAGAAGAUCAACCAGCCCGGCCUCAUACGCAUGACCUCCAUCUCCAGCACAGGCCUGCUUCUCAGCAUCAGCCAGGCCGCCGGCUCAAAGCUGAAGAGCGGCUCGAAUGUGAGUCCGUCUCCAGACAGCCGUCAGGCGGCUAAACUAGCGCUGCGCAAACAGCUGGAGAAGACGCUGCUGGAGAUCCCUCCGCCCAAACCGCCCUCGCCGCAGCUCACCUUCGUGCCGUCAGCGGCCAGUAACCAGUUCAUCUACCUGCUGGGGCUGGAGGAGGUGGUGCAAAACCUGCUGCAGUCUCUGGGCCGAGGUGCGGAUCAGUCAAACAUAGCGCUUUAUACACGGAGCUUUACACCGCCGCCAAAUAUAGCAGCCAUAGCAGUCAUGAAUAGGAAGAGAAACGGUGUUCUUCAAUUAGACAACAACGAGUUCAGCACUAAACCUUCCAUUCUGACUCUAAACGUUACAGGAGACAGUGUAGUGUGAUUAUUCAGCUCAGUU